AAGAUCAAAUCCUGAAAUGUGCGAUCCAUCUUUAAUCCCUUUGUGUUAUUACAUCACUUCCUAAAAUUCCGGUUUAAAUUAUUUCUUUCUGGAGAUAUACUUCCAAAACAAAGUUGGUUCCUUUUUCUUGAAGUUAUCUCUUCACUUUUCUCACUUCAUUCAAUUUCAUUGGUUCUUCUGUCUUCUGAGCAAGAACAGAGGAGCUCUGCUAUUCUCAUACACACACACAUGUUUGUUUGAUUUCAUCUUUGUUUUUGUCUCUGAAAAGUGAUAUUCUGUUUUUUACUUCAAUUGACUUUUGAAAGAAACAGAGCAUAUAUAUAGAGAGAAACAGAGCAGCUCUGUUUUUUUUGGAGUUUGUAAAAUUAUGGAGAGAUAUGAGAUAGUGAAGGAUAUUGGUUCUGGUAAUUUCGGAGUAGCAAAGCUUGUUCGUGACAAGUUCUCCAAAGAGCUCUUCGCUAUUAAGUUCAUCGAGAGAGGCCUAAAGAUUGAUGAACAUGUACAAAGAGAAAUCAUGAACCAUAGGUCACUCAUCCAUCCUAAUAUAAUAAGAUUCAAGGAGGUUUUAUUGACGGCAACACAUUUGGCGCUAGUAAUGGAAUACGCCGCCGGAGGGGAACUCUUCGGAAGAAUUUGCAGCGCCGGAAGAUUCAGCGAAGACGAGGCAAGGUUCUUCUUUCAGCAGCUCAUAUCAGGAGUUAAUUACUGUCACAGUCUUGAGGUGUGCCAUAGAGAUCUAAAGCUAGAGAACACUUUAUUGGAUGGAAGUGAAGCGCCACGCGUAAAGAUAUGCGACUUUGGGUAUUCGAAAUCAGGAGUUCUUCAUUCGCAGCCAAAGACGACAGUAGGAACACCUGCUUACAUUGCACCUGAAGUGCUCUCCAAGAAAGAGUACGACGGCAAAAUCGCUGAUGUUUGGUCUUGUGGAGUCACUUUGUAUGUUAUGCUUGUUGGUGCUUACCCUUUUGAAGAUCCUUCCGAUCCUAAAGAUUUUCGUAAAACCAUCGGUCGGAUUCUCAGAGCUCAGUAUUCUAUUCCUGAUUAUGUCCGAGUCUCAGAUGAUUGCAGACAUCUUCUCUCUCGCAUAUUUGUCGCCAACACUGAAAAGAGAAUAACAAUAGAGGAAAUAAAGAAUCAUUCUUGGUUUCUCAAGAAUUUGCCCGUGGAGAUGUCGGAAGGAUCACUGAGGAUGAAUGGUCCAUCGACUCAGACAGUGGAAGAGAUAGCGUGGAUCAUUGAGGAAGCUCGGAAACCGAUCACUAGAGCUAGUGGACUCACCGGUGCUGGUGGUUUCGGUGGAAACAGUAUUGGUGCCAUUGGAAGUAGCAGCAUGGAUCUUGAUGACUUGGCCACAGAUUUUGACGACGACAUCGAUGAUGCCGCUGAUCUCCUUUCCCCUUUAUGAACAAUUUUAUUACUAAAACAAAAACGCCAAAGUUUGCAUGUUUCUGAAGCUGAUAUAUUGAUACACACAGACGGUGAAAUAAAUUGUUUCUUUAAAGGUUUAAAGUUAAUA